GUGUAUUGUGGUGAAAAAUGUAUGAAAAUUUUGAAAAAUUUGACAUGUUAAAAUGUUAUAUCUUGGCUAAUGAAAAUACCAACGCUGCUAGCGAAUUGUAUUUUAACAGAUAUCCAGAACGUCAUCAGCCCGACUCUCGAAUAUUCAGAAACUUAAAGAAUAAUUUGAUUCAGCAUGGUAGUUUUAAACAACCUAGACCCAGAAAUUACAACAUUGAACAAAAUGAAAUUCAAGAGCUAAAUGUGCUAGGAGAGCGAGUUGUAGUUGCAAUAAAAUUAAGCCGUUGUACUGUCAAUAGCAUUGCAGCGAAAUGCCGUAGAGGAGAACCACUAAAAAGUCCAUCAAAAAAACGUAAUCGCACAAAAACUGUUGUUAAUAUUAAUGAGUUUGAUCAAAUUGCAAUCGGAAAUGUUAUCUACGAAAUGUAUAACAAUAGUGAGUGA